UUUUUCUCUUUCAUAGCUAAUAUUAUUAUAGUUCUUGUUUUAAUAAACAUGAUUAUUGCAUUAAUGAAUGACACAUUUAAUAAGGCUAGAGAGGAUAGUAAUCUUGGACUUUUGAUGUAUAGAACAGAACUAAUUGAUGAUUUUGAAAGACUUGAUAUUCCCUUUAAUAAAUUUCAACUUAAUGAUUCACCAUAUAUUUGUUAUCUUCGAGAUCCUGACUUAAUGAAAAAAUGGAUGAAAAAAUCUCAAGAACUUAGAGAAACAAAAUUAUAUUCAUGGUUUAAAGAGAAUGUUGAUGAAGAAAUUAUUACUUAUGAUGGAGUUGACAUUAUAUCUUGGUACGA